AACAUAAACUAGAAAAUGAAAUCUGAUGCGAUCUCACAUCUUGGAAUUUCCAUUCAAUUGAUUACAUACAGAGGCGCGUCAAACGGAAGUCUUAUUUUGAUCAAAAAUACGCGCGAACCGUUUGUUUGGAGGAAUAAAAGAAGCGGAGAAGCUGCCGAUAUAAAGAGAGGCCAUCGAUUUGUGCGAUCAAAUGUGAACAAGUGUUUGCCGACUGCAGACUGCGUACAAGAUUCGAGUCAGCGAGCAAAAAUAACAAUGAUGACGCCAAUUUUUGUGAUUUCUGUUUUUUUAUUCGCAUUGACAUGUCCCUGCAACGCGCAAGCUGAUCAAUCGGAUUAUAUACGUUGUCAGAGCAACACAGAAUGUCAACCAGGCUAUUGUUGUACCAUAGGGGCAAUGCGGUAUAGUAUACCACAAUGUAAAGCUAUGCAAAAAGAGGGAGAAGUUUGUAGACCAGGUAACGUUUCAACGCUUAACGUGACCCUUGGAUAUCCAGAUGGUUCUGCAUUGACAUUAAAGGAUGUCUAUUACAUCCUUUGUCCUUGCGCCGACGGACUAUCAUGCGAUAUCAAAGAAGGCGUUUGCAACAAAUUAAGCGAAAAACGUGAUCCAAAUCGAUUAUCCAAUGAAAAUAAGAAACAAGAUGGCUAAUACAAAACUAAAAGGAAAUAUGUAAUCGUUUAUUAUGAAGAAUGACUGCAAAGAGUUGACUAUAGUGAAUGGUGAUAACAAACAACCAAAUCGUGGGAAAACCCGACUCAUAGAUUGUCAUAAAUUGUAUAAUUAAAUUAUGUACCAAAGGACUAAAUUAUUUUUCUAAUUAAAACUUAUUGAUAAUUUGAAAUUUCUUUAAUAGGUGUAAUCAUAAAAAAAAUAAUUUUAAACAAUUUAAAUAAUAGUAUUAUUAGUACAACUGAAAUUGUUUUAAGUACUUUAAUGUAAGAAUGUUGAAUAAAAAUAAAAUAUGUAUGCAUUUUA